GCUCCCUAGCUGCAAGGUGCUAGUAGUAGCAGGCAGCACUACUCAUCCAGCUGUUCUGCCUUCAGAGAAUCCCAGCUUCUCAGCCUUCUUCAGGAGACAGAAGCAACCUGAUGCCAAACAGACAGCUGGGACCACAGAGAUCUGUUUGCAGUUCAACCAGGGCAAGUGCUAAUCGAUAUACUGUGACAAGACCAGAGUGAAGUAAAGAUGUCCCUCGGACGUGGCACUUUAUUCCUUCUGGUGGCUGCAAUGGGAUCAGUAUCUGGAGGUGGACCAGGUGGAGGGGGAUAUCCUCAAAUGAAAUAUGUAAAUCCAAUGAUGAAAGGACCUUUGGGGCCACCAUUUAGAGAAGGAAAGGGGCAAUAUCUCGAUAUGCUUCCAAUGGAUUUAAAAGGAGAACCUGGACCAGAAGGAAAACCUGGCCCACGGGGACCACCUGGGCCGCCUGGACCACCUGGAAAGCCAGGAAUAGGAAAACCUGGAUUACAAGGAAUGCAAGGGCCUGCUGGUCCUCCUGGCUUUUCUAGCAUUGGAAAACCGGGCUUACCAGGUAUGCCUGGAAAAAUUGGACCUAAGGGUAUACCUGGUUUCAAAGGAGAACCUGGAAUGAGGGGAGAGCUUGGACCUAGGGGAUUGCCUGGAUCUCCUGGAAUUCCUGGCCCUUCAGGAAUCUCAUCAAAUGGAAAACCAGGUGUUCAAGGUGCUCCAGGACAGCCAGGUAUCAGGGGUGAACCUGGUCCAAAAGGUGAGCCAGGACCUCGUGGAGAGAAAGGCAUUAAAGGAGAAGCUGGAAUUGGCAAACCAGGACUGUCUGGUGCCCGUGGCCCUGGUGGCCCACCUGGGCCAAUGGGCCCACCAGGUCUGCCAGGUAAUGGGAAACCAGGACUUGAUGGAUUACCAGGGAGCACAGGGGAUAAAGGUGAUAUAGGUCCACCUGGACUGCCAGGGGUUGUUGGCCCACCAGGGCCACCGGGCUCACAAGGUAAACCUGGCAUUGAUGGAAUUGGUAAACCAGGUUUAGAUGGAUUACCGGGACUACAAGGGCCAUUAGGUCCUAAAGGGGAACCAGGUAUAAGAGGUUUACCAGGGUUGCCAGGGUCCCCAGGGUAUGGCAAACCAGGUCUGCCAGGAUUGAAAGGGGAUAGAGGACUUGUAGGAAUUCCAGGAGGAAUAGGAGAUAAAGGAGAGCCAGGGUUAGAUGGUGAACCAGGUGAGCAAGGACCACAAGGUAUAAUAGGACCUCCAGGACUCCCUGGUUCUAUGGGAUUGCCAGGAAAAAAUGGAUUUCCUGGCUUAAAAGGUGACAUUGGACCUACUGGGCCUCCAGGUGCACCUGGAAUUCCAGGGAGUCAGGGCCCCAAUGGAUUUGUAGGUAAACCAGGUGUUCCAGGUGAAAGAGGUCUUCCAGGCUUGAAAGGACUUCCAGGCCCUAUCGGGCCAAAAGGUGAAAGUGGGCUAACGGGAAAUCCAGGUUUGCCAGGUCAAAAAGGUAGUUCAGGGCCAAAAGGAGAAGGUGGGAUUCCAGGGCAGCCAGGUCCAAGAGGUCCAGCUGGUAUUCCAGGCUUGCAAGGAUCUGCUGGUCCGAUUGGGCCACAGGGAUUACCAGGGUUAAAAGGGGAACCUGGCAUUCCUGGACUACCUGGAAAUAGCAUUACAGGUGAACCAGGUUUAAUGGGUCCUUUAGGACCUCCAGGAGUUCCAGGAGCACCUGGUUUAAAUGGCCAACCUGGGCCACCUGGUCCACCUGGACCACCAGGUCCACCAGGACUCUAUAGCGAGGGCACCAUUGCUGGCUUGCACUUGCCAGAAGGUGGCGUGGAAGGAGGUACAUUAGGCAAUGAAAAACCUGGAAAACCUCAGUAUGGCACUGGAGAACUAUCUGCCAAAGUAGCCCCAGCAUUCACUGCCAUCUUAACUGCACCAUUUCCUCCUUCUGGCAUGCCAAUCAAAUUUGAUCGGACUCUGUACAAUGGCCAUAAUAGUUAUAAUCCUCUUACUGGGAUAUUUACUUGUUCUGUUCCUGGAAUUUAUUACUUUGCUUACCAUGUCCAUAUCAAAGGAACCAACAUUUGGGUUGCUCUUUACAAGAACAAUGUACCUGCCACUUACACAUAUGAUGAAUACAAGAAAGGGUACAUGGACCAAGCCUCUGGGAGUGCAGUGUUAGAACUUAAGGAAAACGACCAAGUUUGGAUCCAGAUGCCUUCAGACCAAGCAAAUGGGUUAUAUUCAACAGAGUAUAUUCAUUCUUCAUUCUCUGGCUUUCUUCUUUGUCCCACAUAACGGACUCACAAUAACAUUGCUAGCCCUAGUCAUAAACUAUGUUUAAAAAUUACAUGCAAAGCAACAACAAAAAAUGACUCUACACAUACAUCCACUGGGAGAAAAGAAAAGACCUGCAUACUUGUUUAAGACUCUGAAACAAGACUUUUAAAGUAGUCACAUUAUCACCCAGUGACAUAAAAAUCAGAGCAGACCAGCAAGCUUGUGUCAAGAUGACUAUGCUACGCCCGCGUUCUACAGCUUAGAAGUUUAUUGGAACCUCAGAUGUUCCAUCAUUUUGAUUAUUUUGUGGAUUUUUGUUUUGAUAAUUUAUCUGUACCUGCUAGGUAUGUUGAAUAGUAUUUUAGUUGUAAAAAUACUGCAUCAACACAAUGUAAUGAGGAUGACCUUGCCAGAUUAAUAAUGGUUUCAAAGUUUCACGCACUCUCGCUAGAGCCUCCAUUACAUGCUUAUUGCAUAUGUUUCCUACUGUUUUAUCUACCUUUAAAGACAAUAGAAGCAUUUCAAAAAUAAAGCAAAUUGUUGAAUGUUUAAGGAGAUACACAAACUGUGAGUAUGUGUGACAGGCUUUUCUGAUUGUAGAGUAGUAGCUGCUGACUCUUGGUUUUCUCCAAGACCGUAAGUUGCUUUUCGCCACUUCUUAACAUUUUUUUUUUAUUAUGAUAAGACUUGCCCAAAUAUAGAAACACAUUAAAAUAUUAUUUCAAGUUAAACCUUUAAAGGAAAAGGACUGAGUAAAUAAAUAUAGCAUGUACUGUAAUUGCUCAGGCAAACAUAUGUACUUCAGGAACCAUGAAUUGAUGGAUUACGAGAUGUCCACCACCACCAACUAGCACUUUUACAAACUAAUAUCUACUUAUCCCUAUAUUAAUUUAUAAUAUUUUCGACAGCUGAUAUGUAUGUCAAGUUCAUUCACCUUCCAUAGAGCUCACGCAAUAAUGCACUGACAUAUUCAUGGUACCUGGUAUAUUGCCUUCAGAUAUAAUAGAGCGGUGUCACAGUAUUCAGUCACAUAGCCUGUAUUUCCUUUAUUGAUAAACCAUUUAUUUAUAUAAAUCACAACCUGCUAUGAUUUAACAAAUAAGAUAAGAUUUGUAGAUUUAAGAUAAAUGGAAGCCUACUUGACCGGCUACAUGUCUAUUCUACAUUGAAACCAAGAAUGUGACCUACCACAUCCUCAACCAUUAGCCAGAAAACUUUGUAGCUGUUUUACGGCUUGUCUUUUUAUUUUUAAUUUUUUUUUAAUCUUGCCAUUGUAUGAUGCUUAAAUUUUUUAAACUAUUUUUUUGAGUGGGAAGAGAGUGUUUACUGUUCCUCUUCACCAUUCAGCACCUUUUUAUUAAAUGACUGUUCAUUGUAAUCGUUUUUUAACUUUAUUAUUCCAUUUUUUUUCCAAUGGUGCUAUGCCCAUCUUACCAAUGUUAUAUAUACAUAUAGUGCAAUAUUAUUCUCAAAACAGCAUCUUUGGUUUUUGAAAAUAUCAUUCCUGUUUUGUCCUGCUAAUAUUAAUGGAUUUUGUAUUGAUAAUGCUUGAACUGUAAUGGAAUUUGGGGUAAGGAGAUAUGUUGUUGCGCAUCUUACGUUAACCUCUUUGCUGCACAGUUAGGCUGUGAACAUGCCAGGUGACCAGGGUUAUUUUGUAGAGAAGUGGUUAAUGAUCACGGGUCAAACAUAAGUCCCCCUAACUUAUGAUAAAGGUAGUGCACCUCCUAAUAGUGUGUGAGCACAGUGCUUGCUAUUAUGUGACUAGCAGUUAAGACGUGUAAUUUAGGAGAGCCAAACAUGAAAGCAGUUGUCUAGGAAUAGAAAAAAAUGGGCACUUCUUACUUCACAAACAGGACCACUUCUGUUCAUUUGCCGUGCCUGGUAUUGAAGCUAAGCCUCCUUAAAGGAAAACUGUCAGAUAUUUUCUCUCGCACUAUCCACAGGUACUGGUGGAUAGUGCGGGAGACGCUGAUUAAAAUGAGCCCUACCUUGUCCGGAUCCCCCCGGCCGUUGGCCCGCAAUUAUGGUUUUAUUCUAUGUGUAUAUCUUGCUGUAACUGGCAUGGGCAGGGCUUCUAAAGGUUAACUGGCACUGAUGUCAGCGCCACUUAUGAAUAUUCAUCCCCCCUCCCUCCAGCUCUCCCUCUCUUCGCUGCUCCUAACUGGAGGAAGGGGGGAUGAAUAUUCAUAAGCGACGCUGACGUCAGUGCCAGUUAAGACAAAAAACAACAGAGCGCUUCUGUGUGGGAUCUUCCAGACCAGGUCGGAUUAUUUAGGUGAGUGAGGAACGCACUCACCUGGUGGGGUUGUGCAUAUUCCAGGCACAUCACUGAUGUACGCUCAAUAUAGCAACUGCUGCGGCUUCCCACGCUGGAUCCACCGACGUGUAAGAGACAAUAAGGGAAGGAGAAGA